UGCUAGAGCACAUUCUUUUAUUACCUGUAUUUAUAUGGAUCACCUUGUACCUGGGUUCCCUUUGAUUCCAGUAUUGACAGUUGGGAGCAGCAAACUUCAGUCUGGAAAUAACAUUCCUGCUUCCACAGCUUCUUCUGCUGCUGUUCCUUCUUCCUUUUUCUCCUGGCUGGCCCCUGCCAGUAGCCCAUCAGCCAAAGAUCUUCGUCCCUGCUAUGCACAAUGUCUGGUUCAGUGGAUGACAUGCCUUGCAUGAACUUUGAAGCCAACAUAUUUGCAAAGAGCCUGUGCCAGCACUGUUUCCGAGCCGCAGGGGCUCACCAGCAUGCUGUCCAGGUGAGCUCCUCCAUCCCACCUGCCGGCUAUGGAUACUUAAACGCCUCUCUGUUCUAUGCUGGGACUCCACCUGCCUUUUUAGAGACAGAAAUCCCUAAGACAAAGGCUCAGCCAGGAUUUCCAGGCGAGGAAAACCUCUAUGGGCAAAGAGUCUUUCCAGGCAUAGGAGUGCUUAAUUUAACUGUGCCAUACCAAAACUGGGAAUCAAGCUUAGCAGGGAAGUGCUGGACAGUGGAUACAAGGGGCUUGAUAGACCCUGGAAGGAAAAGCAGGGGUGUUGCAGAUGCAAAGCUACAAGGAGGGAACUGGAGACUGGCAGAGCAGGGACCCACCUUGUAUUAAUCUCUGCUUGAUGCUUGCUGGCAUUUACAGCUUUGCCUCACCUUAAAUGUGGUCCUGGUGGAUUCUCUGUGGCCUCAGCUGUUGGCUUGGGGCCAGGGCUCAGUUCUGUCCCUGUGGCAGCUUCAGCAAGCUGUUCCUGGAGAAGGCAGGAGAAGCAAAAAUCUCAUGGGGUUUUGGGCUCCAGAUACCUCAAUCCAACACAAUCCUUUGGGACAGGGCUGGACACACAAGCUACUUGGCUGUCUCCGACUGGGUGACAGCUGGUUUCAUGUUCACGGAGGGUUUCGUGUUGUUUGACGUCCUCCAGGAGCGACUGGCCAGGGAUGAUGAAAUAGUAAUGAGCUCUCUCUUUCUCGCCCUCUCCCCCUCUCCUCCUGGCCUUGGACGCUCUAACGUUACCUCAGCCCUUCGCCCUCGAUCUGCUCAGAGCUGUCACCUCUGAGCGAAUCCUGGUGCGGGCGAGACGCUGGAGCGAAGGCAGCCGGCUCCCCGGAGCCUCCCCCACUGCUGCUCGUAAGCCCUGCAGGUAACGGGGGCCAGGGAGGAUGCUGACGCCUGCAAGCCCUGACAGAGAGAGGCAGAGGCUGGGACUACAGCCUUUUCUGCAAAAAUCUUCCUUCCUCUUGCUUCUCCCUGAGCUAUCCUGCUGGUGAGGGGGAGCAGCAACCAGCAGCAUCAGUGCCAGCAUGGGGGGGGCAGUUUCUCUGAACCCUCAUCCACACAUGCAGUCUUUGGGAUGUCUGCAAUAUUCGGCGUCAAAUAGGAAUACGCUGGGCCUCUCUGGCCUCUUGAUGUAGGAGAAAAAUCUCAACGGUGGGCUAGGAGAGAUAUCAAAAGCCCUGAAGGCCAGGCUGCUCUCGGGGGAGGUAGAAGAAGCAGACAUUUCCAAGGGGCAGCCUUCAUCCUCAUCCUUGGCACGCUGACAGCACCACUGCACCCCUUCUUCCUCGCAGGAUCAUGCCUCGGAGGUGACAGGGCGCGAUGCCUGCGGCGACACAGCCCCAGGAGAGCCCUGGGACUCUCUCCAUAUUUUAGCCCCGCAGUGCGAGGUAUACGUGUGUGUGGGCCCGGCGGAGGGCACGGAGCGGUGAGUACCAGCUGGGAGCCCUGCUGCUCCAAGCCCCUUCGGUGGGAAGAAUGGAGGAGGGGGAGCAGGAAGCCAAGCAGGGGGAAAUCAGCUGCCUUUUCCCUGAUGCUCUGCACGUGGGUGCCUGGGAAAAAGGACUGAGAAACCCCCACACCAUGCCCUCUAACCAUUCCUCUGGGCUGUUCCUGGAGAGGUCAGGGGCCCCCCUCCUUCAUCCUCAUUCCCUCCAGAGCAAGGCUGGUGGUCUCAGGAUGGGCUCUGCCAGCCUCCGCCCAUCCAGUAGAGAGUGAGUCAGUGUGGCUUGGGCUGCCAGUGCUGUCACUCGCCCCUGAGCUCUGCGGGCUGUGCUGACCACCAGCUGUCCUCUCUCCCUGCCCCACAGCUGGCACGAGAGCAGGCGAUAUCCCCCACUCAGCCCCGGAGCUGAGGGUGAGCACAGAGAAACUGGCACCGACCCCAGCGCCUGUGCCGAAGCCAACUCCACGCUUGCCAGGGUGAGAUGGGGAUCUCUUGUGGUUUGGGUUAUUUUGGUCUCCCCAGCUCCCUUGGCCCUUCAAUGCCACUUUUUCUGGGCCCAUUCAGCAGGUUCCUGGGCACACAGAUGUGCUGAAUUUGCCCCUCUGGCUCUCUUGCCUUGGGCACAUGGAAGAAGGAGCCCAUCAUGUGCAAGGAGGUGGAUUUGAUGAUCCUUAUGGGUCCCUUAAAACUUGAGAUAUUUUAUGAUCCUAAGGUCCUGAGCUGCAAGGGGAGAUCAGCUGAGACUCUUAGUCCCCACAAAAGAGGCUCUCCCCUUAAAGAGCCCAUGAGAUUUGCUCUUGGAUACUCCCAUGUGGACUUUUCUAUGUUUUUUCUUGCCAUCGUUGGUCUGGGAUCAUCUUAUACUCACACAGCUCCUCUUCUGGUUCCUUUUUACCAGCAGCUUUGGGCUGAACAGGCUGGAAGUUUUCAUACAUACUCUUGCCUCCUUCCAGCCCACAAAAGUUUCUAGGCCCCAUUGCAGAGAUCUGCCCUAUCUUGUCUCCCAGGAAGAGGAAAUGACCCGAUUGUGGGACAACACUUUGGGAUCGGGCAAGCGGGACAUGAUGAGCUACUUGGGCCAUAAGGAGGAGGUGCGGUCACGAGCCCCACAGGCAGACAGACCCAGGUGGGCUCAGCCUGUUCCCUCUGGAUCCUGGGUGAGAACUGAAGCCCAGGGAUCUAGGAAAGAAAUCUGCCCACUGAAAGCAGGUACUCUUGGUUUGCUCCUGUGUGAGAUCCUGGCUCUGGUUUGCUUUCCACCCAGGGGCCUCUGAGGUUCAAGGCAGAUCUCUGUUUAGAUUUAGUAUCUCUUUAUCUAAUUCUGGUCCCAGGAAGUGUUCAACACAUCCAUGGGCACUAUGUGAGAGUCCAUCUGUGUGCGUGCUGACUGCGAACCGUGGGCGUCUCGGGUGCUCUCUAUCUGCAUGGUUUGGCAUGCCCUCGGCUCGAAGUGCUGUGUUCCAGUGCUCCCACCCUACCUCGAGGGAGUCUGGGUUUUAUCUCUGCCCUCCUGGACCAUUUCUAGCUCUCCUCCGAAGACCUGCUUUGCCGUGGACGUGGUGGCAUCCCGCGUCGCUCGCGCCUCCCCCAGUAACGGCCUUCUCCCCGUCCCAGAGCACCGUCCUGCCAGCCAGAAGCCCGAGGAGAGCUGGCCAAAGCACCGAAAAACUGACCCUCCCUGGGCAUCCACCCUGCCGCGUGCCCCAGCGGGCUCCCCGCCGGCCCGCAGUGACCUGCUGGGUGGCGGUGGGCACCUCUCUGCCCCACGGGCUCGGGAGUCCCACGGGCACUCCGGCGCUGGGGGUGCCGAGGGGCGGCACGGGCUGGAGAGGCAGGAGUACACGGUGCUGGCAGACCUGCCCAAGCCCAAGCGCCUCAGCCAGAGGGACGCUGUUGGCCGCCGUGGCUCCCGGACACUCAGCCCUGGCCGAGUGGAGGUGGAGAGGAUAUUUGGAUGCGAACGCAGGAAAUCAGAGACGCUGGAGGCCUUCCAGGCUCUGGAGGAGGGCCGUGUGGAGCGGCUCGAUGGCAAGACACCAGUGCCACCCAGCAAAGGCCACCUAACUCGGAGGCGAUCCAGCCCCAACCUGCCCAGGGAGGGUCAGCGACUCUCCUGGCAGCUCGAGCAGCGCAGCAGAGACCCCAAGGAGCGCCGGCGUUCCCCCAGCCCAGCUCAGCACCCCGAGAAGGCCAGCAGGACCCGGGGGGACUCCCCACGCCCUGCCAGCCCUGGCUGGCUGCUGGAGAGAGGCAGCCAAAGCCCACGCUCUGCAAGCCCAGCCCGCAGGUCGGAGAGGAGAGCAGGGGAGCCCGUGAACCCUCCCUGUCGCACUGAGAAAAGCUGGAGAAGUCGAGGGGAGCCUGCCCGCCCCCCAAACUCGAACAGGGGCCGAGCCACCUGGCAAGCAGGGGGUAUACGGCAAACACUGGAGAAGAAGAGCCAAGGGGAUUCCCUGCGCUCCACAGGUGCUGGGAAGCGCUCAGAUAAUGUCAGACUGAGCCGGGCAGCGCCACCACCAUGGGCCCUCAGUCCUGGGAGACGUACAGAGAGCACAAGGAAAAGCCAAAAGGAGAUGUCCCCUCCCAGCUUGGUGCGGGGGGCAGAGAGGCAACGAGUGAAGCCAGGGGAGCCACUGCACCUUGCAGGGCCGAGGAAGCCACCCGAAUGCAGCUGGCAGAGCCUCCGGGAAAAGCUGACAUCCUCCCAGCCUGGAAAGGGCACCAGCAGUGACUGCAAAGGCCGAGGCAAGCCCCUGCGCCCCACAAGCCCAACACGACCCCAGGAGCAGGACUGGAGGGGCCGGGGGGAUGCCCACCAAGCACAGGUGUGGGAGAAGGACUGGAAGCGCCAAGAGAUUCCCGUGUGCCAUGCAGGUGUGAUGCGCCAGCUGGAAAGGGACUGGAAAAGCCCUGCUAGAUGUCUGGAUGUGGGACUACGGCCGGAUGACAGCUGGAUAAGGCCUGAGAGUCCAGUACAGGAUCUGGAGGAGAACUGGAACGGUCAUGAGCAUGCACGAGAUACACACAGCCCUGAGAAGCCAUUGGAAACUGACUGGGGGAACAAGAGUCUUCUCAUUUACCAUCCGGAUCUUCUCAAUUUCAAGAAGGGAUGGAUGUCCAUCCUGGAUGAGCCGGGAGAGUGGAAGAAACAUUGGUUCGUGCUGACUGACUCGAGCCUGAGAUAUUACCGGGACUCGAAUGCAGAGGAGGCUGAUGACCUUGAUGGAGAAAUUGACCUCCGGUCCUGCACGGAUGUGACGGAGUUCGCGGUGCAGCGCAACUAUGGCUUCCAGAUACACACAAAGGAUGCCGUCUUCACCCUGUCAGCGAUGACCUCUGGUAUCCGGCGCAACUGGAUCGAGGCCCUGAGGAAGAAUGUGCGCCCAGUCAGUGCUCCAGACGUCACCAAACUCCCAGACUGUGACAAGGAGAACUUCCGUAACUCUGUUCCCCAGAAAGGCUCGCUCCAGGCGGAGGAGCAGCAGCGGCCGGGCUCAGGCUCCGAGGGGAACUCAAAGAGCAGUCACUGGAAGGCGGAUGGGCAGCGCCAUGCCUUUGACUACGUGGAGCUGUCUCCCUUGCCACAAGACCCUGGAAAUCAGGGGUCCCUGCAGAGGACGAAAGGGAGCUUGAGGAUCUCCGACCGAACUCCCAAGUACGAGGAGCUGGAGCGGGAUCUGGCCCUCCGUUCAGAGGAGAGGCGGAAAUGGUUCGAGACCCCCGACGGCAGGGUCCCAAACAGCGAUGGCCCAGCAGGAGACCCUUCCCGCAAGGCCGGGGAGCAGGACCUCCCCACUCCUCCACUUUCGGAGGACCAACGGAUUCGUCUGAAUGAGGAGAUAGAGAAGAAGUGGCUGGAGCUGGAGCGCCUGCCCUUGAAGGACUUGCGGCGCGUGCCCUUGACCACACUGCUGAACCAGAGCAAGGGGAGCCAGGGAGACACCAAUGAGGUGCUGAAAAAGGAGAUCCAGUCACUGCGGGCACAGCUGGAGUCCUGCCGGGCCAGAAAUGAGAGCCUUCGGGAGGCAGCAAAGUCCCAGGGGGACAGCCAUGUGCCCCGAGGGUACAUCUCACAGGAGGCCUGUGAGCGCAGCCUGGCUGAGAUGGAGUCAUCCCACCAGCAAGUGAUGGAGGAGCUGCAGAGGCACCACCAGCGGGAGCUGGAGCGGCUGCGGCAGGAGAAGGAGCGGCUCCUGGCAGAGGAGGCGGCGGCAACGGCAGCAGCCAUUGAGGCACUGAAGAAAGCCCACCGUGAGGAAAUGAAUAAGGAGCUGGGCAGGACACGGAGCUUCCAGCAAUGCAGCUCACUCCCAGAAGCCCUCCAGAAGCAGCACCAGUUGGAUGUGGAGUCGCUGAAGCGGGAACUGCAGGUGCUUUCUGAGCAGUAUUCCCAAAAGUGCCUGGAAAUCGGGGAGCUCACCCAGAAGGCAGAAGAGCGGGAGCAGAUAUUGGAGCGCUGUCAGCGGGAGGGGAAGGACCUCCUCCAGAAAAAUCAGGAGCUGCAGACCCGCCUCUCGGAUGAGAUCGGGAAGCUGCGAAGCUUUAUUUCAUCGCGGAGCUCUGGGGACCGCGCUUCACACAACAAUGAGCGGAGUUCCUGCGAGCUGGAGGUGCUGCUGCGGGUGAAGGAGAAUGAGCUCCAGUACGUAAAGAAGGAGGUGCAGUGCCUCCGGGAGGAGCUGCAGAUGAUGCAAAAGGACAAGAGAUUUGCCUCAGGGAAAUACCAAGAUGUGUAUGCUGAGCUGAAUCACAUUAAGGUGCGCUCGGAGCGAGAGAUCGAGCAGCUGAAGGAGCACCUGCGCCUGGCCAUGGCAGCUCUGCAGGAGAAGGAGUCGCUGUGCAACAGCAAGUAACGGUCUGCUCCACGUUUGUUAUCUGUUCUUGUUUUGUAUUUGCUCCAUUCCUCACUUGUGGGGAGAGGGAGGUUGAAUCCCCAUCCGUUACCACCUUGGCGAGGAAUCCCACACACCCCCAACCUCCUCACUCCACUCCCAAAGCUUUUUUGAUGAACCCUUUUUGCCUGCAUACCUGAGCACGUUGUUUGGACUGGCUCCUUACAUGCACCUUCUUCAGGAUUUUAUAUGUGAAAAUUAUAUUUUAUAGAGGAAUUUUUUUCCCUAUGGAAAGGAGGGGAAGAGGAGGAGGAGGAAAUGUUUUACUAUAUCACCAGCAUUUUUCUAACCUGAAAAAGAGAACCUGGUUUUUUCCCCCUUUCCUAGCCCCAUUUCUCCUGGCCACAUACAGCCACCUUUGGCACAUAUUCCCUCUCUUCCAAAUGUCUCCACGGUCCCCGUGGGAUGUACGGCAAGGACCAUGCUCCCCCUCCCCCGUGCCACCCCCAGGGACCUGCAGAGAGGACACGCGAGCCAUAGGAGGGAGACGCUGGGGCAACCUGCCACGGAUGUGCUUGCCUGAGACGGUUGAAAGAGGACACCUUGGCAAGAGUCUGCAUGACCGAGCUCUCUCUCCGUGACUGCCCUUUUGGCUCCUGCGAGAACCUGAAUUGGCAGGAGCCCAGAGCCACGGGGCUUCUCCUUUCUGGGGAAGAGGAGCUGUGAGGCUGCUACUGCACCCACCCGAGCCAACCUCCCCAAGAUGGCAGCUGCUGCUGCUCCGCUGUGCCCUUCAACUUUUAACUUAAUAAAAUCUUCCCCUUUCGCUGAGAAAAA